AACAUUAUCUUUUUAUAACACUGGAGAAAUUUUAUUCAAAAUGAAGCACACGAUCGUAUUAAUUUUAACAUUAGGUUCUACUCUUUCGUUCACGGAAAAAAUUGUGCACAGACAUUGCAACUCGUACAAUAUCAGCAACUACAAUUUUAUUCUUAAUCAGUUUCAAGGAAAAUGGUACGAAGUAGCGAAAUAUGGUAGUCCAGAUAAAUGUGCCACGUAUUUUUUCACACCCGUUUCUGGCAGUCUCACAAAUGUAACCCGCUUCAGCGGCACAAAAAAAGACGGCUAUAAGUAUACGACGUGUCUUUUGGCUCAAAAAAAUCCACACAGUAUAGAGUGUGAAUUGCAAAUAGAUAAUAAGACCAUUCCAGCUAAGAUACUUACUACAGAUUAUAGCAAUUAUGGCGUAAUUUGGACGUGUCGAAAUCUAUCAUAUGAUACAAGCUACCAAAUGUUAAUUGUUUUAAGUAAAUACAAUAAUACACGGCUUAAGGAUUUGAGUGUUGUUAAACAUGUUUUAACAACUCUGAGCAGUGACCCUACAAUAUUAUCGGAAACCGAUCAAUCGCCAUUUACUUGUAGUAAAAGUGUAUUCAACAACACUUUUACCAAUUUUACUACAAUACAUUCUGGUAGCUCUAGAGUAACUAUGAAUUACAUUAUGGUUAUUACUAUCACUUGGGUAAUGUUUGUGUUUUUUAUUAAGUUGUAACUUUAAACCUUCAAAAAAAGUUUACGAAAAUACUGAAGUUCGAAAUUUCAUACAUUGUAAUACCGUCUGCAUAAAUAAUAUGCAUGUGAAUUAUUUCAAAUAGUUGAUGUAAUAUUAAUUUAUCAAAUCGUGAAUAUUUUGAAACAAUAGUGUGAAGUAUGUUUUAUUUUAAUAUUAGUUUAGAUUAUUAUUUAUAAGUACAUAUUAUGCGAAUAAAAAUAAC